GGAAAAUUUUGCAGGACAGUUUCCCCGGACAGCUUUGCAAGGGUUGUGCCAUUUCAAUUGAAGCACACAUCCAAACGCGGCGCUCUCUGCUUCUGGCUCGCCUCCCAGAUCUGAGAGGUCUCAGAUUCAGCCUCCCCUUCUCUCUCAAUCUUGUCCCUGCAGUGUUAAACGUCCCCGUGCUCUGCUAGUCAGGACUCCUGAGCUACCAUGGCAGAUACCACCCUCCAGAUCGUCGAGCAACCAACGGUCUCCGACACCUCGGAGGAGCCAGCAGGUGAGGCUGAGGAACCCAUCAAACCUGACCAGAUAAAUGGUGUCAUGGUGCUCACCCUUUUGGACAAGAUCAUUGGAGCUGUUGAUCAAAUUCAGCUGACCCAGAGUCAACUGGAGGAGAGGCAGCAAGAGAUGGAUGGGGUGGUGGCCAGCAUCCAGGGGGAGCUAGCCAAGCUCACGAAGGCCCACACCACCACCAGUAAUACGGUCAACAAGAUGUUGGAGAAGGUCCGCAAGGUCAGUGUCAACGUCAAAACUGUCCGGCAGAACCUGGAGAAGCAGGCUGGGCAAAUCAAGAAGCUGGAAUCCAAUGAGGCAGAGCUGCUGAAGCGCAGGAACUUCAAAGUAAUGAUCUACCAGGAUGAGGUAAAGCUGCCAACCAAGCUAAGCAUUAGUAAGUCUUUGAAAGAGACGGAGAAAGAAGGGGAAGGGGAAGAGGUCUUGACAGGUGAAGAGCACCAUGAUGAGGAACAUAUCGAGCUCUCCUCAGAUGAAGAGGUAGAGGUUGAGGAGAUUAUUGAGGAGUCGCGAGCAGAACGCAUCAAGAGGAGUGGCAUGAGGAAGGUGGAUGACUUCAAGAAGGCCUUCUCCAAGGAGAAGAUGGAGAAGACCAAGCUGAAGACCAGAGAGAACCUGGAGAAAACCAAGCUGAAGACCAAAGAGAACCUGGAGAAAACCAAGCAGAACCUGGAGAAGACCCGACACAACCUGGAGAAGAGGAUGAACAAGUUGGGCACCAAAAUCGUCACCACCGAACGCAGGGAGAAGAUGAAGACCUCCCGGGAUAAGCUGAGAAAGUCCUUCACUCCUGACCACGUGGUGUACGCACGCUCCAAGACAGCUGUCUACAAAGUACCACCUUUCACAUUCCAUGUCAAGAAGAUCCGGGAUGGGGAGGUGGAAGUGAAAGCCACUGAGAUGGUGGAGGUUGGUGGGGAUGAAACAGAGAAUUCAGAUCUGCUGAGGGGUGAGAGCCCUGAGAUGAGCACCCUCUUGCAGAUCUCGGAAGAGGCGGACACAGUGCCAGCGGACAAGAGCGACAGUGAGUGAGGCUAGAGCAGCAGCAGCAGGACGUCAAGAGCUGAACAUGUAACCUUUCACGUUUCCUCUUUUUGGCCUCACAUGGGUGCGCGCACACACACAAUAUAUAUAAAUCUUGUAGCCCCCAACCUGCCCCAAAAUGUAGCGCCAAGGUGCAUUUUUGUAUAUUUCUGUUUCAGCAUAUAGAGCACAGGACUUCAUAGCAAUUCAUCAAACACCAUUCCUGCUACCGAGAGCUUGUUUUGCCAGCCUGCUGUGGCAACACCCCUCCCCCCCCAACCAAAGGUGCUAUCGACAACGUAAUCAAUUUGUCUGCCCAAGAAGCAUGCUGUUGCCUCUUAACUGUUCUCCUUGAGGGUCGAAAAUGCUUCCUGGGGACCAGAACACAGAUUGUACCGACAGAAUGAAGGGCAGAAGUGUGGAACUGAAAGAAGGGUUUGGCCCAGUGCGUCACUGAACUGGGGGAGGAAAAAUGACUGAGGAGGAAUGAGAAUGUGAUGUCAUGUGAUGAAGCAAGAGUGAGAUCUGUGCACCCUGCAAACAAUUUUCCAAGAUAAUAUUUUUUAUGCAGUCACACUCAAAGGGCCUGAUAGACAUGAAAGAACAGCAGCAGCCACUGUGCAUACUAGGAGAAAAGAGGGAAGAUCUUUCGGCAGGGCCCCCUCCAAGCCAUUCGUGCCCUUUGCUGGGCCUGUGAGCCAUCCUUGCAACAUGGCUCCAAUGGGCAGUACUCACAUCCUGGUUGGGGGCCCAGUGGAGAGUGGUAGGCAAGCAGGUGAAGCUGAGAAUGAGGAGAGAGAGCACAGAGGAGGUAGAUUGUGGCAGUCUUUGGCUGUAAGUAGUGAAGUGUUAACCGUGAAAACAGAAAAGGAGGCUCUUGUUCAGUCAGUCAGCUGCCUUGACAGCCAUCCCUGGGCUGGAUCCUGCGCACUGCAGGUUGUUUUUUGCAGCACUCAGGUUCCAGGUCAACCUCUGUGGCUUCCUGCUGAGCUGGCAUGCAAUAGCCCAUUUUCAAUUAGGGCACUACUAUUUAGGUGCUCCCCAGUGGAGUACCCACAUGGGCUCUGUAGCUAUGUUUGCCGAACUUGUCACUUGAGGAGAGCUGAGGGGGCUGUGGAGAGGGGAGUUCACUGACGCAAGACAGCUUUGUUGUGGGUAAGGCACUGCUCAGCAAAUUCCUUCCCCUCUUGCAGUUUUUGUCUUUACUUGGCAUUUGUGGGUGAGCCUGAAGACUCACUUUUUUCCAAGCACCACAAAAAAGAGGCUUCCAUCCAUAGUGUUCAAUGUAUGCAGCUGCCUUCCCCCAUCCCAAUUCAUGAAGUAGUUGAGCAACCACUUCUUUCUCACCACCUGCUGGGAUUCUCUCAGGCUCCCCUGUGGCCUUGCGGGGUCAAGGAAGAAACGUUUGCAGCAGGCUCAGGCCCAGCAGUGCAGUCUGCCAUGUUACCUUGGCAGUGGUGAUGUCAGGACAGGACAGGACAGCAUCUGGGGCAGAAGUCGAGGACCUCGCUCAGCAGAAUGAGCAGGAGGGCCCUCAAAACACAUCAGGGCUGGUUUAUUACAUUUUGAAAUAAAGUAAUACACAUUGCCACCUAGGGUUGCCAGGUCUAUGGCCUGAGACUGAUCCUGUAUCUUUAGGAGAAGAGAAAGUCAGUCAAGUGCAUGUGUUCUUGCAACACUGUAAUGGGCCUCCAAGAGGUCUUCUGUAUCUUUAAAAGUUGUGCAGGGGGAAGGGAGAAUUCCACUUUGUGGUUUUUCCCAUUACAGAGUUGCAAGAACACCUGCACUUGGCUGACUUUCUCUUCUCCUAAAGAUACAGGAUCAGUCUCAGGCCCUAAACCUGGCAACCGUAUUGCCACCUGAAGCUGGGCCUACAUAAGACUGUUUGAAAUAAGUAAUAAGACAUUACUUAUCUAAGUAAUCUAAACUUAGAGGAGGUCCCAUAAUGCUGUUAAGUCCAGAGUCUGAAAUUACCCACCUUCAUCACUGUAUCUUGGCCAUUCCAUGCCCAGCAUUUCUACCACAAGCGAUAUCAGAGCUGUCUCCUCUACCAAUUCAGCCAAGAGCUUGACUGAGCCAUCCACAAUCCAGUAGGGAGAUGUGUGUGUGCAUGUGUCUAUAGGGAUGUUCCUACUUGACCAUGGAGUGUACAAACUCCCAUCACACUACACUUUCCAGUGAGCCUUUCUGUUCUUGUUAAUGUUGCUAUGGAUCUUGUGUCCAGAAGAGGAGAGCACCCAGAGUACCAGAUAUGCCUGGCCUUUUUCAGGCCAUCAUACAUAGGGUAGAGACCAUGCCCCAUUCUGGGGAUGGCAAGUGGGGGGGGGUUGUGCCAAGCAGCUGCAUUGUUCCUUUUCUAAGACUGCAUCCUGGUGAGCAGCAUGACUAAUAAACUUUCUUUUCUAAAAGAACAGGUGUGAAGCGUUUGCGGGAUGGGGAGCUGUGCUAGGCAGGUCACUUAGCCAGAUGCAGCUUAGGGUCAUUCUCAGAGCCAAACUACAUGGUAAGGGGGCAUCCAGACUGUUGCUAUUUUGGGGUGGGAUUCAGUCACUGGCAAAUUCAGGUUGUGCAAUUCAAGAUGAUUUGGUGUUCUUGCACAACAAACCUCCCUCCCUCCACAAACAGACCUCUCUUUUUUGCGAUAAAAGAAGGUGACAGAAAAAUGCCUUGGAAAGCAUGGGACAACACUUGUUAUACAACAAUGUUGUAUAACCUCACAGCAAACAAACCAGAAUGAAUGCUCAAUAAAUGCCCAAUGUCAUCUAA